UCCUGCAAUAGAAAGUGAGAGAGUGUAGAGAGAGAAAAAACAGACCUUUUCCCCUUUACCGUUAAGGAUUGCCAUCAUAUGAAUAAAACGACAAUAAUUCAGAGCACACUCAUGAUCCCUCGGUGUCCUGGCAUCUCCGCCUCCCCAGACUGCUGACCUUUGAACCUGCGCCCACCAUCGACGAUGCGCCUCUGAACGGGAGGGAAAGAUGCCGCGCACGAAACAGAACCACCCGAAAAAUUUGAAAGAUAAGAUUGAAGAAGCCCAGAAAGAACUCAAAGAUCCUAAAGGGUCCCAGAAAGGUGUCAGUGAGAACAGUCGGAGGAGUGUGGACGGCAUCAAGGGCCUGAAGCGGAAGAAGGUGGUGGCGGAGAGCCAGCUGAAAAAGAUCCCUAAAUCCCCAGUGAAAAAGCCCUCGCAGGCAAAGACCUCAGCAGCCAAGGAAGCCACGCCCUCCUGCUCCUUCCCCGGCGGCCCCUCCCAAAGCAAAUCUGCCGCACCUGUUCAGAAUGGAGAUCCUGACAGCACCCUGCAGGCGCCGCCCCGCCCGCCUGUGGGAGAGCCAGUGAGGGCCAAGGCCUCGCCCAAAGCAGCCGGCGGCGACAGGCUAAUGCAGACAGAGGUGUGCAGCACCCAGCAACAGUGUUUUGAGCCCUGCGAUGGGCAGAGGGGCUCUGCCUGUAGCGUAGGGGGCUCGCUAAGGGACAACUGGGGCGGCACGGCCAACAGCGACAGUACCACAGCUUCCCACACAAGGGCCCCCCUGGAGGUCCUACUCAAGGCUAUGGAACCAGAUCUGUGCUCCUUGGCAGAGAGGAAGGGCUCUUUCUCUGUGGCCAGCAUCGGGACUGCAGGACCAACCCUUACCGCCCACACCGCUGUGCCAAUGCCUUCUGCCAAUGUGGGCAUCCCAGCCCAGCCCUCCUUGACAACACCUGACUUUGCUUCCAGGCAACAGCAGUACUACUCAAGCGUCCCCCAGGGGGCGCCGCUGAGCGGCCUGGUAGCCAAUCAGGCAAUGCCUGUGCAGUACCAGCAAUCUCAGGCCGCUCUGCCAUGCCGGCAGCAGGAGGUGGUGCGUUCUGCCGCACUCCAUAGGGAAAAGCAGGGUAUCCAGCAGAGCUACAGCGCAAUGCCCGCCUCCGCCCUGACUCAUUCGCCCACCCCCUCAGGCCCCAAGGUCCUGCCGCAGAGCCAGCCCACGGUGCACACCUGCCAGUCCGUCUCAGCCAGCGUGCCCAGUGCCAUUCAGGUCCCCGUCACCCCCGGGUACCACCAGGUGCAGAUGGCCACCAUCGUCACCCCGGGGGUGGAGCAGAUGUGCAGCUCCUCCGCCAAGGACCAGAAGCAGAAGAAGCAAGGCAAGUACGUGUGUGAGUACUGCAGCCGCGCCUGCGCCAAGCCCAGCGUCCUGCUUAAGCACAUCCGCUCCCACACGGGGGAGCGGCCCUACCCCUGCGUCACCUGCGGCUUCUCCUUCAAGACCAAGAGCAACCUCUACAAGCACAAGAAGUCCCACGCGCACGCCAUCAAGCUGGGCAUGGUGGUGCGCUCGGACUCGGGCGGUGGAACCCUGUCGCAGGAGUCAGACAGAACGGCCAGCACGCACUCGGACGUGGAAGAGAGCGGCGAGAGUGAGGAGGAGAGCGCGGCCGACCUGGACCCUGAGUCGUCCCAGAGCAGCAUCGCAGGGUUGUCUGAGAGCAGUCGUCAGAGCGGGAGCGCCGCCCAUGCCAGCCAAGGGGAAGCAGAGCCAACGGCCACUCUUGAGGCUUUAAAAGCCACGACCAAUCAGAAGGCCGCAGAGCCCAAAGUGACAGCCCCUCUGCCAAAGGUAGUGGUGUACCCCGUGAAUGUGUCCCCCUUGCGCGCAGACAGCCCGAGGGUCACAGACUCCACCCCCGAGCUGGCACAGGCCCAGAGGCAGCGCGAAUUUCAGGCCACCAGCGUCAGGUCCAACAUCACGGUCCUGUCUUCCUUGACAGAGGUGGACUGCACAACUCUGCAGGAUACCAUAAGCGAGGAUGAAGAGAGGCACUGCAAGCCGUCUCCUGGUGGCGGCCACGCACAACUGCAGAGGCAGGAAGCCACAGAGUUCUCCCUGCUGCAGAGACAGCAGGCUACGGACGCCUACCAACAGCAGCAGGGCAAGGGCCUGCUGAGCCCGCGAAGUUUAGGCAGCACGGACUCCGGCUACUUCUCUCGGUCUGAGAGCGCAGACCAAGCCAUGAGUCCUCCAAGCCCCUUCGUGAAGAUCACCCCUCCGACAGACAUGGAUGUGUCCAAGAACCCGUUGAUGAGUCAUUCCGUUGUAGCGACAGUCAUGCAGGCGACACACGUUGAAAAGCCUCCUGCUUUACAGGGCCAGAUGCGUCCGCCGCUGGAGACCAAAACUCUUUCCCUCGAGGAGCGCAUUUCAAAGCUGAUAUCAGACAAUGAGGCAGUGGUGGAUGACAAACAGCUGGACAGCGUCAAGCCAAGAAGAACAUCUCUCUCAAGAAGAGGAAGCAUCGACUCUCCCAAAUCUUACAUAUUCAAGGACUCUUUUCAGUUUGACCUUAAACCCAUGGGUAGGAGGUCAAGCUCCAGCUCUGACAUACCAAAGUCCCCUUUCACACCCACAGAUAAAUCCAAACAGGUGUUUCUUCUAUCCGUUCCUCCUCAGUACCCAUCUAUGGACUGUCUGCCUAUAACAAGGAGUAACUCAAUGCCCACGACACCUGGAUUUUCUGCACUUCCCCCGAACGUGCCCGCCCAGCCUAAUGUUCUGCGUGGCUGUCAGUCAUUCGAUGACAAAAUUGGUUCCCUCAACGAUGACGUUUUUAUAUCGGCCCCUCCCACCCCCAAUCCGGCCGUACACCCCCGAACGCUUGUAAGGCAGAUAGCCAUUGAAGAUUCCUCUACAACCGAGGGGCACGGCCUCGUCUCUGCGCGGUCCAUGGACGAAAGUCGCCUGGGGCCCAACUUGUCUACAGAGAUCAUACAGAGGAGCAAGUCAUUUGAACACGGACCUGGGCCUGAGAUAAAUAAAAAGCCCCAACAGGGCAAAGGGACGAUGUUCGAGUGCGAGACCUGUCGUAACCGGUACAGGAAGCUGGAAAACUUUGAAAAUCACAAGAAGUUCUACUGCUCAGAGCUGCACGGACCCAAAAGCAAGCCAGCAGCCGUCCGGGAAGCAGAUCAGGAUGUGUUCUUGCGUGGCAUGCAGCAGUCCCAAGCUUCCCAUCAGAGAGCCACAGGCAUCCCAGGCAUUGCAGAGCAGCAGACAUCAGUACGAAAGCGUAGGAAAAUGAAGAGUGUGGGUGAUGAUGAUGACCAGUCGCCAACAGAAACCAAUCCUCCGUGCUCUGGGAGUUUCGACUCAUGUCAACUGUCCAAGGACAUUCGGGGCAGGACAUUUCCUCAGGCCUCUCUCAUAGUGGAGCUGCAGUCUGCCAGCAAUCCACCACAAAUCUCUCCAAUACAGUUGAUUGGGAGGGGCACAGAGACGUCAGAGUCCAGACUGUCUCCUAUUAGAGAAGCUCAGAUUAGUGUCUCUGCUAAAGAGAGAGGGGACUUGCAGAGGCAAGGUAGCGGCACGUCUGUCAUCCGCCACACCAACUCUCUCAGUAGACCUAAUUCUUUUGAGACAUCAGAGUCCAUUGACAGAUCAUCACCUGUUGAUCUUGUGGAGAAGGAAGCCCAGAGCAUAACCAGAACUGCAACAGGCGCUACAGUUAACAUCAAACAAGAGGGCCACUCCGAAAUGGCACCGUUACAGAAAUGUAUCGACAGGGAGAUGCCUGGGAGUGACUAUCACACCAACCGCAUGUCAGCUGUACCCAGUGAGAGCUGUGCUCCUACGCAGCAGUCCCGUCUGGUGAGACAGAACAACAUCCAGGUCCCAGAAAUCCUGGUGACUGAGGAGCCGGACCGGGAGCAGGAGAGUCAGGCAAGCGAGCCGGAAAAACCCCCUGAAACCUUCAGUUGGCCCCAGAGGAGCGAGAGCCUGUCGAAGCUGCCCACAGAAAAGCUGCCUCCGAAGAAGAAACGGAUUCGGCUGGCUGAGAUGGAGCAUUCUUCAGGCGAGUCCAGCUUUGAGUCCUCCCUGUCUCGCAGCCUCAGCAGGGACAGCAGUCUGUCUCGCUGCUCCAGCAUUUCGGCCUCGUUCGACAGAGACGAGAUCCCACGGGCUGACAGCCCGUCCAGGUCAGAAUGUACCAGCAGGUCCCAAGAGGUUCAGGGCCUGCCCUUAGCCUGCAACACUCUGGGAGUGCCUGGCCUCAGAGACUCCAGGGAGAUGAGAAGGGCCUCGUCAGAGCAGAUCAGCUGCACCCAGCCCUCAGUGGAGAUUACGUCUGAGUACCGCAGUAAGUCUUUUGAUUGUGGCAGCGUAUCGCCCAGCAGGUCCUUGUCACCUAUGGAGACCACUUUGCCAAAGAGUCCUCAAGCUGCCCCAGUGGUCCAAGUCCCUCUUAUUGAAAGACGAAGGGGACCUCUCGUCCGUCAGAUGUCCUUAAAAAUUGGUUUAGAUAGCCAACAACAGCCAGGAAAGCACCCUCCAGCCCUUCAGAAAGUGUCUACUGCUAAUACUGUCCCAGCUCCCCAACACAGGUUUCAGGCUGUCGGUUUGCCUGGCAUAAAUCAACCUCUCAUUUUACCCCAAGUGAUUCCUGGGGAGGGUCUUCAGCAGAAGAAUGAAGUGACAGUUCAGAGCAUUAACUUAGGCAGCCAAACCCAGCACCCUCCGGUUCAUGGCCUUCCACACCCCUGGCACCAAACCUCCAAGACUGUGAUGUGCUUAAGGACACAGCAGGCUCCAGUCCAAGUCGUGGUGGGUCAGCACGACGCCCAGCACAAUUCUGCUGACUCCCAAGACAAAAGAAGCUACAUUCCUAAGUAUCAGCUGCAGGUCUCCGCCCACAAACCCUCAGCCUACGCCCCCCCAACCACGCUGGGGACACAGAUUGCCUUGCCUGUCCUAACACUUCCCGUCGCUAAAGAGGUCUGCAACAUUUCCAAGCCAACAGGAGGAGUGCAGAAUAUAUGUGUGGUCCCGCAGAGCCACCAGAUCAUUGCCAAUCCAGCAGCUUCCAUUGUGUUGCCCGUGGGCCUUCCAAGCCGUGCAGGCAUUGCCCCCUUGCCCCAGAUCCUGAUCACCCAUGAGCUCAACCCUCCCUCCACCGCUGCCUCCUGUGGUGCCCCACCUCCUGCUCCCACCGCUGACAGCGGUGUUAAAAAUGUGCCACGUGUCCACGCAGAGGACCCACAAGCAUCUGCUAGCGUUCAACUGAAGAGUAGUUCGGUUCCCGAUACUCAGAGCCGCACCGUUGACUCCCGUAGCAUGCCCUCACUAGGUUCCUUGCACUGUGUCCAGAAAAUGUCGUCCAUGGGUCUCUGCCCUCAGCAGGAACCCGCCGCCUCCAGCAAACGCAUGCUGUCUCCGGCGAACAGCCUGGACAUCGCCAUGGAGAAGCAGCAGAAGCGAGCGAAAGACGAGCAUGGCGCCGCGUGCCUGACAGACGGCAGGUCCCUUAGUUACCUGAACUCGAAGAUGGCGGAGGUGACCAGGCAGCGGAAGCUCACCCUGGUUCGGCAGGUCUGCACGACCGAGCCCGUGGACAGCCCCAUUGAGUCUGAACCUUCCCCACAGCAGCUGGAGAAGGCAGAAGCAGAAAAGAGCGACCCUGUGGACACCCAGACACCAAACACCUCGAAGAACAGGGCGACUGUGGAGCAUGUGGCUGAGAAUGAGACCCCUGCAGUGGCAGUCUAUCAGGGCUCUUCAGCUCUGGCUUCCUCCCCGGUACCAGCCAAUUCCACACUGAAGUCUCAAGUCAAGUGUGAGGAGGGACGAUCCACCGUCAAAUCUCCCGUGAGGAUCCCAAGCUUGCACGGACAGGGGAAACUGGCCUCGUCUGUGUCUGUCGUCAGCACGCGGGACAGCCAUCGCCUGUCCUUCCCCAGCCUGAAGACUGCAACCACCCUUACCUGGUGUUACCUGAUGAAGAGGAAGCCCCUGCACAUCCCCCAGACCGACCAGAAGAUCUCGGCAUAUGCCACCUGGUCCAUCUGCACAAACAACCCCAACCCCCUGGGCCUGCCCACCAAAGUGGUCAUGUCCCUCUUCAACUCCAAACAGAUGGCAAAGAAAAUGCACUACACUCAAGCCAUCACCACCAGUCUGAAGUCUGACAUCCUGUCAUACUCCGGAAAGCUGAAAGACAGUUUGCCAAAGGUCUUAACCCCGCUGCCAUCCAAGUCAAGUGAAAAGUGCAAGCUCAAACCCGAGACGCAGCCAAGCAACGAGUCCGACAGGGACUCUUCUUCCUCCAAGUCAGAGCCAAGACGGGUGAAAAUAUUCGAUGGAGGGUACAAGUCAAAUGAGGAAUAUGUGUACGUGCGUGGCCGGGGCCGGGGGAAGUACAUCUGUGAAGAGUGUGGCAUCCGCUGCAAGAAGCCCAGCAUGCUCCGCAAACACAUCCGCACACACAGCGACGUCCGUCCCUAUCACUGCACCCACUGCAACUUUUCCUUCAAGACUAAAGGAAAUCUGACCAAACACAUGAAGUCCAAGGCCCAUAGUAAGAAGUGCAUGGAGAUGGGCGUGUCUCUGAGCUCUGUGGAGGACCAGGAUACAGAGGACACAGGAGAGCGCAACCAAACGAGCAGCACCGAGCGCGCGGGUUCGGAUGGCGAGGAUUCGGACGGCUUGGAGGAUGAGGAUAACGACGGGGAGGACGAAGACGAGGACGACAGCCAGGCGGAGUCGGGCCUGUCCACGACGCCUUCGGUCUCUGCCAGCCCGCAGCACCUCCCCGCCGCCCCUCUGGACGCCCUGCCCAGCGCCCUCCUGGCCCAGAUGUCCAUCUCAGGGGCCUCCCCCGGCCCUGGCUCCGGCCCUGCCCCCCUCUCCUUACCUGCACCCCCCGUCUCUGACUCUCAGGCCUCAGACACGGAGUCCGUGACCAUGAUGAGCCCCGUCUCUGUGGUCUCCCCCGGCCCCGCCACUCUCUCUUUCCCCCCGCCGGCGGUCUCGGAGUCCCACGGCUCCGACACGGAGUCCGUCACCAUGAUGAGCCCCGUCUCCCCAUGCAGGCAGAUGUCCAUCGACUACCCCGAUGUUGACGCCCCCAUCAGCCCCCCUGCCCCAGGCAAGGGCACUAAGGAUGCCCCGAGUUCCCCGCCCCCCCAGCAGACCGGUGAGGCGGGCGUCCCCGUGGACCGCAGCACCCAGACCACCCUGCUGCCGGCCUCUGCCUACGACCCCCCGGGGCCCCUGCGCUUCCUCCCGCAGACCCAGAUCCAGGAGCACGGUGGGUCGGCGCACACCCACCUCUUCAGCCACCUGCCGCCGCACUCCCAGCAGCCCCCUCGCUCGCCCUACAGCAUGGUGCCCGUGGGCGGCAUCCAGCUCGUCCCCGCCGGGCUGGCGGCGUACUCCACCUUCCUGCCCGUGCAGGCGGGCCCCGUGCAGCUCACCAUCCCGGCCGUGAGCGUGCUGCACCGCAGCGGCAGCCCCCUGUCCCCGGCCGACUCUCCCCCCCGCCCGGACGCCCCGCUCGCCCCGCACGCGGGCGUGGCCGAGCCCGUGGGCGGAGUCCUGCCCUGCUUCCCGCUGGGGCAGGUGAGUGUGGCCGGCCUGCAGCCCCUCGGGGCUCCCCAGGCUCUGCAGCCCCUGGGGCUGGAGGCGCUCGGCGUGGUGGGGGUGGCCAACGCCGGCCUCCCCACCACCCAGCUGCUCCCCCAGCCCGGCCUCGCCCUCAAAACCCUGGGUUUGCAGGUGCUGGCUGCCGGUCCCGCCUCCCAGGGCGUGCCCAGUCCCCAGACGCACGUCUCGGGGCUUCAGAUUCUAAACAUCGCCCUGCCCACCCUCAUCCCCUCGCUCAGCCCCCUCCCCGCCGCCCCCCCCUGCCACGCAGAGCCCCCCGCCGGCUCUCCCGGUGCCACCCCCACCGCCACCACGUCCCCCCAGCCGGGCCCCGCGGUCCAGGUUUCACAAGAAGCGCCACUGCACGGCGUGCCAAGUGCGGGAGCAGCCGCCGGACUCAGUACGGAGAGUGCCGAGCAGGGGAAGGCCACGUCACCCCCGCUCCCGUCUUCGUCCCCCAGUGGGAGCGCUCCCGUGGGGGGGUCCAGGGGUCAGGAGCCACAGAAGCGGCUGGCGUUCGCCAAGCGCCAGGUGACUGUGGAAUACAACGACGCCUCAAGCGACGACGAAGACAGACUCGUCAUCGCCACCUAA